GCAAAUGAAGAUAAAACGAUGUCUGCCAACCUAAAGUACCUUUCUUUGGGAAUUCUGGUCUUUCAGACUACCAGUUUGGUUCUAACAAUGCGUUAUUCUAGGACUUUAAAGGAGGAGGGACCUCGUUAUCUGUCUUCUACUGCAGUGGUUGUUGCUGAACUUCUGAAGAUAAUGGCCUGCCUGUUUUUAGUCUACAAGGACAGUAAAUGCAGUCUGAGAGCACUGAAUCGAGUACUACAUGACGAAAUUCGUAAUAAGCCUAUGGAAACACUUAAGCUGGCUAUUCCGUCAGGGAUAUAUACUCUCCAGAACAAUUUGCUCUAUGUGGCACUGUCAAAUCUAGAUGCAGCUACCUAUCAGGUCACUUAUCAAUUGAAAAUUCUUACAACGGCGUUAUUUUCUGUGUCUAUGCUCAGUAAAAAAUUAGGUGUGUACCAGUGGCUCUCCCUAGUAAUUUUGAUGACAGGAGUUGCUUGUGUACAGUGGCCCUCAGAGUCCCAGGAGCUGGACUCUAAAGAGCUCUCUGCUGGUUCUCAGUUUGUGGGCCUCAUGGCAGUUCUCACAGCCUGCUUUUCAAGCGGCUUUGCUGGAGUUUAUUUUGAGAAAAUCUUAAAAGAAACAAAACAGUCAGUAUGGAUAAGAAAUAUUCAGCUUGGUUUCUUUGGGAGUAUAUUUGGAUUGAUGGGUGUAUAUAUUUAUGAUGGAGAAUUGGUAUCAAAGAAUGGAUUUUUUCAGGGAUAUAACCAGCUGACCUGGAUAGUUGUUGUUCUUCAGGCACUUGGAGGCCUUGUUGUAGCUGCUGUGAUUAAGUAUGCGGAUAAUAUUUUAAAAGGAUUUGCAACCUCUUUAUCCAUAAUAUUAUCAACACUGAUAUCAUAUUUUUGGCUACAGGAUUUUGUGCCAACCAGUGUCUUUUUCCUUGGAGCCAUCCUUGUAAUAACAGCUACUUUCUUAUACGGUUACGAUCCCAAGCCGGCAGGAAAUCCUACUAAGGCGUAGUCACGUACUGUCUAUUACUGGCUUUCAUGGUGGUGCACUAGGAAUCUCAACAUGGAUUUCCACAGAGGCUGUCUGCAGAUUUUCUGAAGAUACCGUCAUCCUGAAUCUGAUCAUAUUGUUCAAAGGUUUGAACAAUGUACAUGCUUAAGGAUAAAGCACGUGCUGUAUACAUAACAAAUCACAUGACACCUAGAAUUCAAAACUUGGAAGUAUUUCCAGGCAUUAGAAUUAGAAGAAAUAUUGUGGGAAACUUGAAAUCUAAGUUUAAAAGAAUCUACCUUUUUGAUUGCUGCAGAAAUGUCCUAUGCACUCUAUGUAAGAGCACACAAAUAUCAGAUAUGAAUUUUUGCAAAUUAGAUGUAUUUACUCUUAUUAAAUGUUUUUAUCUUACUCUUCCUGUAAAAAUGUCUCAAAUCACAUGGAGUAUUCAAAAUGUGAAAAAUCUAAUUACCUAUAAAGCUGUGAAAAAAGAGAACUAUGAUUUGAAAAACAUUUUCACAUAUCUGAGAUUUUUAUAUUUAUACAAAGGGUUAUUCAACCUAGGAUUGCUAAAUAUUACUUGUUCCAUUGUGUAAAAUUUGAUGAAACAAUAUUUGGGGCCUGGUUCGACGGAGGGUAACACUCAUGUGUAAACUCAGAGUAGGGAGACAGCUGCUUCCCCACCUGAACCCUGAGACCUUCGGUGCUUUGCAGCAGCUGAGAACAGCCGGCUGCUCCUCUGCUCGGCGGUGGCUGGAGAGGUUUACGAUAAUGAAGUUUUACUUGCAUUUCUUUUCUAUAAAUCAGAUAAAACUUUAAUAUUACUUUAAGUUUGUAUGUGUUAAUUGUCAUUAAAGUUUUAAAAUAUAAUCUAGUUGGAUUAAAUACUCGUUUAUUAAUUUAAAAUAAUCAUUUCUAAUAUCUCCAUUUGGAAAAUUUUGAAAUAUCAAGCAUAUAUUGUAUACAACUAGAAAGUUUUUAAAUGAAUAUUUUGUUCAUUGAUCUGUAGAAAUUUCCCUUAUAACUAUUGAAAAAAACCACUGAGAAGAUAGUAGUACAUAUAAGAGUAAGAAUAAGACCAAGAAUAGCCAGUCAUGGUGGUAUACACCUUUCGUCCCAGCACGUGGGAGGCUGAGGCAGGAGACUGCUGCAAGUUUGCAGCCAACCUGGGCUGCAUAGUGAGUUUAAGGAUUACACAGCAAGACCUUGUCACCAAAAAAAAAAAAGAGUGGACCAUGACCAAAAUGACCUUUCUUAUAGACAUUCCUUACUGACAUAUUUUAUUACUUUAAGUAGCUAUAUAACUUUUAAAAAUGGAAGUCUGGGCAAAACAUCUUUGCAGAUCUCUUAUAAGCCUGCUGUCCCCAGGGGCACUAGGACCUUGUGACUGGGAGAGGUAGCUGAAUUCUGAACCCCUGUGUCCCCGUAGAGCUGCUGGAAAGGAGCCACCAUUUUGCUUUAAAAUAGUGGGUUUUUUUUCCUUUUAACACUGGAGCUGAGAAUGCAAAUUGCAUGAAUCAUGUAAUAAGCUGGUUCAGAGGAGAGAGAGUAUAUUAGAAAUAGUAAGAUGAGUUAUCGGGCAGAUACACUUCUAUAAUUGGGGUAUAGGUUUAAUUUAAUUAUGAGCUAUAUACAGAAUGACCUAUUGAGUAUAAGAAGUAUUUUAUUUUUUCAUUUAUACUGUAUAUAUUUUUAAAGACUUCUAAUAGAAAGACUGUAAAAAUACUUAUUUUUAUAUAGUCCUAAUGGAUUUUGUUAAGUAGAAUUUGACUCAAAAAUGCUGUUACAAACUAUUGGGUACUCUUGGCUAACGUGGACUGUGUUACCUUGAUAAUGCGACAUAGCCUGCACAUGUUAGAUGGGACCAGCUUCAGCCAGGGCUUAAAACUGCUAAAGGUUACAAGACACUUAAAAUCAAUUUGCUGCUGAUAACAAAAUGGCACCAAGCAAAUUUUCUGGAUGCCAGAGUUGAGAUUUUCACUGACCACCUUUUAGAAUAUUUUGUUUAAUAACUUUACCUCAUUUUGAACAUGAUAUUUUUAAGGCUACAGCAACAUUUAGGCUUACAUCCUAUUUCCUACUACUAAGAGAAAUUAAAUUUUAUAAGUACAUAGAAUUCAAGACUAAAAUAUAUUCAGUUCACAUUGAAGUAUUGCUUGGGGAAUUAUGUAUUAAUGCUGUGUGUAUUCACAUUUGUUAAUUUAGGCUUAGUCUGCCCUAUUUUAAAAUUUAUUACCAGCAUUUGUUGAACAUUAAGUAUGUUAAAGUAAUUACACAUUUUCAGGUGUCUAGUUUUCAAGAUUCCAUAUAAGGGUUGUAAAAAUAUAAUUAAGAGUUGCGAACAUGGGCAAAAGUAUUUUCAAAGCCAAUUUUCAUUAGGUAUAAUUUAUAUUUUGCUUUUCUAGUAGGUUUGAAGCUGACUGGGCUGCAUAGGUUCUAAUCUUUAAUUGAUAAGGAGGUACUCAUGUUUGAGAAGGUGGACUUGUGUCCUUGGAUCGUACCGUUAUACAGAUAAUGCCAUUUUGUGUCAGUGGCUUGUGUUUUGAUGACCUUCGAAGGCCUUAUUACAUCAAGCUUUUAUAGCAGCGACUCAUGCUUUACAUUUCUAUCCUUUACAAGUGAGUUUGUUAUCUCUCAGCUACCUCGGUGUAAAAUGCGCUCCCUGAUGGGGAAGACUGCCACGCGAUCGGCUCCGUGAGACGCGGAGAGGACGGUAUUGGGAGGAAAAGUCUGAGACGCGGCAGGUGUUUUAAGACAGUCAUGUUAUAUUGUCAGUUCUUUAGUGGUUUUGGAGACACCAUAAGCUCCGUUCACGGGGAUUGUGUAGGUUAGAGAUGCAAAAUUUAAAUGUUUACACCCAUUUAUUUUGAAUGUCACAAAACUUCAUAGAAAGGAAAGGCAGUUUCAUAUUUAAACGAGGUUCUAAUAACAGAAUUUGAAAGGAAACUAACUGACAUCUUGGUCUAUACACUUAGUAUAAUUGUGGAUAUUCUUACAUAUUGAAUUAUUAGACUUUUAAAAUGUCGUUGUACAAGUGUUUUUAAAGAAAGGGUUAAGCUCCAUUCAUUUAUGUGUCCACUGUAAACAUUUAAUUAUUGUACCGUGUAUGCUUUGCAUUAGAAAAGGUUCGUAGAAGUUAUCUGUGCUAUACCGAGUCAUCUGAAGAACCUCCAGGAUACUUAAAGUAGUUAUAGGGCCAAAGAAACAGCACCUUUAUCAAAAUCUGGUCCUGUGUGCCUUGCUCUACCAAAUACCUGACUUUUCUAUAAUUCACAAUGUUAGAACACAGGAGCAAAAUUAGUUUCAAGAUUAAUUAUAAUUUUUUUUCUUUUUUAUUUUCAAGACUUGCUCUUUAAGUCUAUUACCUAAAAAAUUAAAAUAGGUAUACUAUAAAAGCAUUAGUGAAUAGCACUCAUUAAAUUAAUUGUGGCAACUUUGCACCAUCAUGCAAUUUUUUAAACUUUUUAAUAGUUGUAUAUAAGUGUCAUUUUGUCAUUUCAUUUCUUAUGAUGUAAUUACUGUAAUUUAAAAAAUAUUUUUGAAUGAUUUGGAUGCUGAAUUUGUCUAUGUCUGUAUUUCAUUUGCAUAGAAAGAUUCUUUUGGGUUUGGGACUGAGAUUUGUAUAUUUAAAUUUUUUUGUGUAUUUAAAUUUUUUAUGGAUAUAAUACAAAGAAAUACAUAAAUUGGUCUUUUGUUAAGUCACUUUUUCAUUGAUAUAUUUCUCUUGUCUUUUUUGAUAUCCAUUAUCUAUUUAAUAGAUUAUUGAAAAAGAUUAUUUUUAAAAUCUAUAUAGAUUUUUCUUGUAUUUCCUCGUUUUCCUUUUUAUUUGUAUCUAUGGCUUACUCAGUGAAUUAGUCUCUUUUUAUAGCAAAGUAAAUUUCUUUACCUCUGUGUAAUUUUUUUUCACGCUUGAUUGUCCUUUGCUCUAGCCUGUGCUCUAGCAUGAAAGACUGGGUCUUAUUUAAACUAGUUAGAAUUUAUCUGUAUGAGGGUAACAGCCUAAACAUACUCUAUUUUAAAUAAAAUGUUUCUCUGCUA